AUGGCGGCUCGUAGGAGUCGGUCGGCUUCCGGCCGUUCAUCUGGCCGCGAUGUCGAAGAGUGGAAAAUGGCAAGAGAUUGGAUGGCUAAAUUAAGGGUUCUUUUGCCUCAGAGYAGAGCAACAGACCCAAAUUCAACGUUAUUUGACUUUGCUCAGUCAUUGAGAGACGGAGUUGUUUUGUGUCAGUUGGCGAAUGCACUCGAGCCCAAUGCUGUCAAAGACGUGAAUAUUAAAUCGCAAAUGUCACAGUUCAUGUGUUUGAAGAAUAUCAGGAAUUUUCUGUCAGCAUGUACUCAGCAUUUUAACAUCAGUGAAGCUGAUCUUUUCAAUGAUAUGGAACUGUACGAUGUCUCUGAUUUUGCUAAGGUUGUAAAUACAUUGUCAAAGCUUUCUUACACUCCCCAAGCUCUAAGAAGAGGGAUUGAACCAUUCUCACCCACUACGCCAGCUAGCAGUGAUUAUUCUCAGUAUGAUGAUGAUGACAUCUACUCAAAUCUGGAGGAAAUUGCUCUGAGCCGAGAUAUUGCAGAAGAAGAAAACCCAUACGAUGUYGUUACUAUUGAAGAAGAUGAUAAAAUCUAUACGGAUAUUUUAUCAGUGCAAAUACAAAAACCAACCAGACAAUCUUCACAAGAAGAAAAAAGAAAGUAUGUUAUAACUGAAAUCCUAGAGACAGAAAAAGGCUAUGUCGAAGCCUUGAGGAUGAUUGUCCAACAAUUUAUCCAAAAUCCAAAAUUGAAAAAUAUUAUAAGUGUAGAUGAUAGGAACAAGAUAUUUAUCAACAUUGAGGACCUACACAUGUUACAUACCAAGUUCCACCUCAAGCUUGAAAGGGCUUGUAACUUGGAGGCAUCAGACUUGAGCAAUGUCUUUAUUGAAACUAAAGACGAGUUUUUGAAAUAUGGUGAUUUUUGUGCUAGGAUGCCCGAUGCUCAAGUGCAUAUUGAUGAAAUAUCCAGAAGAGAUUUGAAAGUAAAGGAAGUUUUAGAGGAAUGUCAAAAUAGAGCCAACAGCAAGUUUUCAUUACGGUCUUUGCUAGUAGUACCAUUCCAAAGAGUUCUCAAAUAUCCAUUGUUAAUAUCGCACCUUCUAAAGGAAACAAAACCCAUUCAUCCUGAUAGAGCUGGACUGGAGAAAGCACUUGCAGCUAUUCAGGAUGUUGCCACUUAUAUAAACCAAGUAAAACGUGACGAUGAGAACCAGAAAACAGUAAGAGACAUUCAAAACAGUCUUGCAAGUGAAGUUGGUGAAGAUCUGUUUAAGUUUGGUCAUCUCAUCAAAGAUGGAGAAGUUCAAGUGAAAAUCAGUGACAGACCUCCCAAGAAAAGAUAUGCAUUUCUAUUUGAUAGAUCACUAAUAAUAUGCAAACACAAGGGAGACACAUACCACCAUAAAGCAACACUAUUCCUGGAAUAUUUUGAAUUACAAGAAAACUUCACUUUUGGUCCAGGAAGGGGAAAGUUUUUGCAUGGUUGGAGUAUGAAAGGUGACACGCCAGAAUCAGACAGAAACUCAUGCUCGUUAUAUGCCAAAACAGCGGACAUGAAAGAAAGAUGGGUGAAUGAAAUCAAAAGGGCAAUGGACAAUUUAAAACUUACAGGAAUAGACCAAAAAAACCACAAAUUUGAUUUGAAUACUUUUGGUAAUCCAACAUACUGUAGUAUCUGCCAGAACCUUUUGUGGGGUCUCACAAAUCAAGGAUACAAGUGUGUCAUUUGUGACACAGCCUGUCAUUAUGACUGCAUAUCUAAGUGUAAACCAUGCCAUAAGAACCAGAGUAAACAGUUUGCUGGGGUGUCGCCCUUUCAACCACGCUCAAACUUCCAUACAAACACCAUAUCAGGAUCUCUUAGUCCUGAAGUUGAAAGACGGCCAAGAAAGAUUUCUGCCCCACCACGGAUAGGUGCUGCAGACUUAGAGUCUUUGGUAAGUGUCCAUAUUAAGCCAGACCUUAAGAGACAGUACAAUCAGUUCCUAAUUUCAAGUAAACCACCAGCCCUAGUUAAGCAGACCUCGUCACCUGUAAUGCCAUCUGAUUGGAUGCAUGCAAGGGAAAGACCGCCUUCGUUAAGGGCUCGCAAGUCCAAUGUUGUGAUAGUCACAUCAAAUUUCCAAGGCAUUGCACCUAGUCGUCGGACUAGUCUGUAUCUUCAAGUCGGAGAAGAAAUUGAGAUUAUGAAUCAGUCAGAUCCAGAGUGGUGGGAGGGCAAAUCGUUAACCUCUGGAAAUGUGGGAUACUUCCCUCGUAGUCAUGUUGUUAGCAAAGAAGAAGCUGAUUUAAACAGAAGAAAAUCCGAAAGAACGGGACCCAAACGAACUCAUAAAUACGAACAACAUACUUUAAUGGAAGAAAUUCCAGAUCAUCCUUCUCCAGUACCUGGCGAAAUGAAUGACGUUUUAUCGCGCUUUGGAUGGUUUUCUGGCAAAAUGGAUCGUAAUUCUGCAGAAGCUGCUCUAAGCCACAAGUCUGACGGAACUUUUUUAAUACGGGAAAGUGUAAACAGAGAAGGCGAAUAUGCUUUAAGCGUCAAAUUUCGCGAUGCUACAAAACACAUCAAGAUACCUUAUGACGGAUGCUUCUGUCUUACACAAGCCAAACAGUUUAAUAGUAUAAUGGAAUUAGUAGAGUAUUAUCGCGAUAACACGYUAGGUGUCAGUUUUCCUGGUCUUGAUACAACGCUACGAUGUGGGAUUAACGAAGAUAUGGGCGAGAAAGGUAUUGGAUGGGCAAAAGCGUUAUAUCCAUAUGCAGCUAGAAAUUCUAAAGAAAUAAGUAUACAAAAAAACUCCAGAAUUCUUAUUUUAAAUAAAGACGGUGAUUGGUGGAAGGGAGAAUGCGAAGGACAGGUCGGCUACUUCCCUUCUAAUUAUGUGGAACUAAUGAAAGACUAAUGGGAUUCCUGUGGUUAUGUGRAAGAGAUGAGGUCUGGUACCAACGGAGAUUAGGAAACAAUUGCCGGUCCAAUUAGCAGAUAUUGCUCUCUAUAAAUGAUUCAUGACCGCSAACAUAAUGACACGAUAAUUAAGUCUCGAUUUUGAAUGCCAAGCAAACUCUUCCUGGUGUCAAAAGAAACUCCGUGGGACCCCUCCCUCUCUACGGCAAAUAUCUAAACUAAACUAUUAUGAGAAACAUUUAUUCCAUGAUUAUUAUUCGAGUCAUAAAAUUGCCUGUGGACUCCCCCCCUUGAUUAACGUUGGUCUAAAACUAUUGUUAUCUGAUUGGUUGCUUUCGCUGGAAGUCUAUUUGCGAUGGAAUUUAAUAAUAAGUUUAUUAAAAAGAGAAAAAGAGAAUUUCAGUUGUACAGUAAAAACAAGAUAAAAAAGAGUAUCCUUGAUUGAAAGCAGGAGAAGCGGAAGCACAAMAAAAUAUAAUUUUUUCCGCUUCGUUUCGUUAUUCUAUGAUCUCUUUUGGUGCUCUUAUUGACUUACAUAUGCUAGGACAGAAAGCCGUCGCUAUUCUUGGGCUGCAGCCGUAAGACUUAAGUAUUCUUGAAAAAUAAUUAAUUGCCGACAUGUUGGAUAAAUGUACAAAACAACAUGACGGUCAUAACGUGCGAUCCAAUAAUUGUAAAUUAUAGUGAUACAUCUACUGAAAAUAGCUAAAGACCGGCUAUCAGCACUUUAAAAAAAAUCAUUGUUGUACUGGAUGUAAACGUCUUGUAGAACAGUGAGGUUUAUUAAUUACAACAGCAAAAUAGUCUUAAUUCGAAAAUUAAAUAAAAACAUGCAGUAAAAUAGCUAUAUUAAAGAAAGGUCAUACACAAAAUAAAUCAAAAAUACAACAAUGAACGUAAA